ACUCUGCAUGUAAACUCUCAAGAAGCGCCCAUAGAGGCGCUGGAUCAUCUCCUGAAAAGUUCUGGGAGUGGAAAAGAACAAGACGCCCCGCAACGUGGUAUGAACCUUUUCCCGAAGCCCCUGAGCACCGGUGCCCAUAAGCAAGCCCAGGCGAGUCCAUUUCUCCAGGAGCUCUAGACUACGCAGGUAGGGAUCCAAGCGGCUCUCCAGGAGCCCAAAAGCAUCGAGGAGCAGCAGAAGACACUGGGGCUCGUCUGCACAGUUCUCACGUUGGGAGAUGGCAUUCCAGAACUCGAGAGAUAUGUUAGCCUGCAGGUCGUUCUGCAGCACCUCUGCGAACCACUCCUCCAGGACCGAGUGCAGACCGUGGCCCCUGAGAACCUCCACCGCCGCCCGGAGCUCCUCCUCCUUUGGAGGGACCGCACCGCUGGUCCGGGAGGAUGCCUGGAGUACAGAAAACUGUAAGAAGAGAACACAGCGCAGAACUAGAGAAAGCAGUGACAGAUAAAAAUAGACACGAAAGGGACAAAGCACAGGGGAGUCUACGGAAACCCCGCUGCCCUUCGUCGCACGGAUGCAGGGCCCACGCUUAGGGACAGGCUGUGGAACAACAAAGGACUCUGGGGGAAACAAGCUGGACAGAAGCGGGCGGAGGGAUCCGAAUGAACCCGAGAGUGGACGCGCAGGGUCCCGGGAACCCCGCACGGGCCCGCCGCCCUCUUCUCGGGCCUCACCAGUCCCAGAGCGGCCGGCGGUACCAGUCCGGUGCUCACGGUAUUCCAGGCCACCAGCAGCUCUUGGGCAGGUCCGGGGUCAUUGUGCGCCGCCGCUUCCGCCGCCGCCAUCUGCUCCCACCAGCUCCUAGAGCCGCCGGCGCGGCGCGCGGCGAUGACGCAAACGAGGGGCGCGCGGCAGUGACGUGCACCGUGGACUCGCCGUCUGUAGGCAGUGCGCAGGCGCGGACCCGGUUGCGGUAACGGCGGUUGGAGCGGCCGGGACCCCGGGCGGCGACCAUGACCCAGCAGGGUGCGGCGCUGCAGAACUACAACAACGAGCUGGUCAAGUGCAUCGAAGAGCUGUGUCAGAAGCGGGAGGAGUUGUGCCGGCAGAUCCAGCAGGAAGAGGAGGAGAAGCAGCGGCUGCAGAAUGAGGUGAGGCAGCUGACGGAGAAGCUGGCCCGAGUCAACGAGAACCUGGCUCGCAAGAUAGCCUCUCGGAAUGAGUUCGAUCGGACCAUCGCGGAGACGGAGGCUGCCUACCUCAAGAUCCUGGAGAGCUCGCAGACUCUGCUUAGUGUCCUGAAAAGGGAAGCGGGGAACCUGACCAAGGCCGCAGCCCCCGAGCAGAGGAACAGCGGAGGCAAGGACAGCUGAUGAGGCCAGACGCGGAGGGCCUGCCUCCACUGCCCCCUCUACGGCUCAGCCCCCGGCAAGUCUGUCUUCAAAGCAUCUUUGUCCUUCACGGCAGCAGCGUUUUCCUCUUGGUGUCUGGGGUGCCAAGAGGCAACUGCCAACCUUCACCGGCUCUGGGUGACAGGAAAGACCUGAGCACAGCCCACCAGGUGGGGAUCCUGGCUCUGAGCUCACACAGGCGCUGGGGAGGGCAGCUCUACUCAGGGUCCCACUGAGGCCUCCACACCAGCCUGGGGCCGCGGGGAAGGCCCGCUUCUGGUCUCAGCACCUUGGGAGUCCUGUCACCCCUCCCUCGGCCCACAGGUGCCCAGGCAAGUGUGGGAGGGGCUGGGGCCCUCCUUCACCUCAGAGCUUGCCUGGGGCCUGUGACUGUCAGUAAAGAUUGUCUUUGUAGAGA